AUGGAAAAACUGGAAAACUUCACCAUCCCUAAAUUAAAUUACACUUUACCCUUUUAUAAAAGGUACGUCGACGACAUACUUACUAGUGUACACCUAGAUAACAUUAAAGAUAUUGUAGACAAGUUUAAUCAAUUUCACCCCAAUCUACAAUUUACCUUUGAAACACAAAAUAUAAACUCCAUUAGCUUCCUAGAUUUAAACAUUAUUAACAUAAACAACACACUGAGGAUUGAUUGGUUCAGGAAACACACUUGGUCGGGUCGAUACUUGCAUUUCGGAUCACACCACCCAUUAACAUACAAAAAAAGUGUCAUAACAGGACUGGUAGACAGGGAGUUAAUAUUAGCAAAACCAGAGUUUAGGGAAAAAAAUUUGAAACUCGUCAAAAAAUUAACCAUCGUUAACGACAAUUCCACAAAAAUAACUAUCCUUCUACCUUACGUCCAAGGACUCUCAGAAAACCUGAAAGGUUAUUUAAAAAAAUUCAACAUCAAAGUGGUACAUAAAACACAAAACACAUCUGCAAGAAUUUUCACCCGACUUAAAGAUACUGAUCCCACAAUGCUUCACUCGAAUUUAGUAUACAAAUUAGAUUGUUUGAACUGUGAGAAUGCAUAUAUAGGUCAGACCUCUCAACAUUUGAAGAAACGCAUAAAUGAUCACCGCUACACUAUAAAAUGUAAAGAUCCGAACAAAUCAGCCUUAUCUAACCAUAGCUUAUCCUUAGGACAAAAAUUUGAUUUUGAUAACCCUACCAUCUUAACUCACGAGUCCAAUUAUCAAAACUGGUUAGUUAAGGAAAUGAUUCACAUUAGUCGGAAUAUCACGUGUAACAAAAGAACUGACAUUGAGCAUUCAAGUAAUUUAUAUGCACCACUUCUACAUAUGUAA